AUGCCAAUAGCAGCAAAGCAUCAAAAAUAUUUAAAAUUUUCAUGGGAGGGACAACUAUAUAAAUUUGUUUGCUUCCCAAAUGGCCUGGCAUUUUGCCCCAGGAAAUUUACAAAGCUGUUAAAGCCAGUUAAUUCCCACUUGCGGCAGCUGGGACAUAUAUCGGUCAGCCACAUAGAUGAUUCUUAUUUACAAGGUGACGAUUAUGAUGACUGUGCCAACAAUGUUUUAGAUACAACUAGGCUGCUUGAUUCUCUGGGGUUCAUUAUACACCCUGAUAAAUCAUCAUUUAUACCAAACCAAGUAGUAACCAUCCUUGGUUUUAAGAUCAACUCAAUUGUAAUGAGGGUCUUUCCAACUGCAGAAAAGAUAAAAAAGAUAAAGGCAUCAUGCUUAGAGUUGCUACACAGUCCAUCACCCAGUAUUUGCCAGGUUGCAUCAGUGUUAGGAUUAUUAAUCUCUAAUUUUCCUGCUGCCCAAUUUGGCCCUUUGCACUUCAGAGAUCUGGAUAUGGAUAAAACUGAGGCACUCAAACAAAAUCAAGGAAAUUUUGAUAGACCUAUGAAGUUGUCCAAAACAUCAUGUGCUGAUUUACACUGGUGGAUUAAUUCAGCUGACAGUUUAUUUAAACCUAUUGCCCUCAACCACCCAGAUGCUACUUUAUUCACUGAUGCAUCCAGUCAAGGUUGGGGUGGGGUUUUAGGUCAACAAAAAAGUGGGGGUCAUUGGACUGCACUUGAAGCCAGUCACCACAUAAAUUAUUUGGAAACGCUUGCCGUUUUCUUUGCCCUUAAAGUAUUCCAAACAAAACUGUCGGGAAAACAUGUGUGUGUUAGGAUAGAUAACAUGACUGCUGUAGCAGACAUAGGUAAACUGGGUACCAGUCAUUCUCGCAAACGCAACACUUUAGUUCGCGAGAUUUGGGAUUGGUGUAUUCAGCAUGAUAUAUUUCUAACUACAGCACAUAUACCAGGCCUUGAGAAUGAGGCAGCAGAUGCAGAAUCUAGAAAGCCCUUGAAAGAAACUGAAUGGGCUUUAAAUCAAGUAAUCUAUCAACAGGGUAUCCAACUGUUGAAUAUGACUCCCGUUAUUGACCUAUUUGCUUCUCGACUUAAUUAUAAAGUUAAACCUUUUAUUGCAUACCAACCAGACCCUGAAGCUCAAGCUGUUAAUGCAUUUACAAUUUGUUGGAAACCAUAUUUAUUUUAUGCCUUUCCUCCAUUUAGCAUAAUUCCUUUAGUACUACAGAAAAUUCGAGAAGAGGAGAGCACAGGGUUACUUGUUGUUCCAAAAUGGCCUGCACAGCCCUGGUGGCCAUACCUAAUGCGGAUGGUAAUUCAGGUUCCAGUAAUUCUCCCCAACAAGGAGAACACUAUAUACAUGCCCAGCAAACCAGACCUGAUCCAUCCUCUGUACCCCAAGUUAACGUUACUGAUGUGCCACAUUUCAGGGGAUCCUUUGAAAAUAAAGGACUUUCAGAGGGGGCUUUGUCUAUCAUCUUGUCCUCGUGGAGGAAAAGCACACAAAGACAGUAUAUACCAUACCUCAACAAAUGGCGUCGGUACUGUCGUUCAAGGGAACUGGAUUCCUUUUCAGCAACUGUGGAAGAAGGAGUGA